CACUUUCUGCCUUCAACUGACAGAGCACCCCGGAACUCAGGACACUAGCACCACCUGUGCCUCCACCCCCCAUAAAACUUGUUGAAGAGCCUGUAGGGCUAAAAGAGCUGAGCCCUCCGGAGGUAUUCCAUACACCCUCCCCCAUCCUGGCAAAGAAAAAAUUGACAAUGAGGACACAGGGAACAAAGUCCUGUCACAGGAGGAAGAGAGACUCCUGUCUGCAGUGACUGCAAAGAGAGAAAAGGCCAACGCCCCAGCGGAAGCACCACUCAGAGUCGGUCUGUCAUGGAUGUCCUGGUCCAACUCCUGCAGCUGCUGGUGCUGCUCCUGACCCUGCCCCUGCACCUGAUGGCCCUGCUGGGCUGCUGGCAGCCCCUGUGCAAAAGCUACUUCCCCUACCUAAUGGCGGCACUGACUGCCAAGAGCAACCAAAAGAUGGAGAGUAAGAAACGGGAGCUCUUUGGCCAGAUAAAGAGGCUUACGGGAGGCUCCGGGAAGGUGGCCUUGCUGGAGCUGGGCUGCGGCACUGGUGCCAACUUCCAGUUCUACCCAGCUGGCUGCCGGAUCACCUGCCUGGACCCAAACCCCCACAUGGAGAAGUUGCUGACAAAGAGCAUGGCUGAGAACAGGCAUCUCCAAUAUGAACAGUUUGUGGUGGCUUCCGGAGAGGACAUGAAACAACUGGCCGACGGGUCCAUGGACGUGGUGGUCAGCACCCUGGUGCUGUGCUCUGUGCAGAGUCCGAGGAGGGUCCUGCAGGAGGUCCAGAGAGUGCUGAGGCCGGAAGGAGUGUUCUUCUUCUGGGAGCACGUGGCUGAGCCCCGUGGCAGCUGGGCCUUACUGUGGCAGCAAGUUUUAGAGCCUACUUGGAAACACAUUGGGGAUGGCUGCUGCCUCACCAGAGAGACCUGGAAGGAUCUGGAGAGUGCUCAGUUCUCUGAACUCCAAAUGGAACAACAACCCCCUCCCUUCAAGUGGUUACCUGUUGGGCCCCAUAUCAUGGGAAAGGCUAUAAAAUAACCCUUCCCCAAGCCCUGCCUCCAGACAGAGCAAUCCCACCUACCUGCUAAGUCUGUCUUCCCCUGAGAGAAAUCUAGGCAAAGAAGUCAUUCCCUCCACCACCCCCUCUUCCUCCUUCCCUCCACCUCUGUCAGGAGUCUAACUUCAAUUCUUCCUUCCAAAGUGAAAAAGCUCUGGGGCGCCAGCCUGGCUCAGUCAAUAGAGCACGUGACUUUUAAUCUCAAGGUCAUGAGUUC